CUCCUCCUCCUCCUCUUCCCAGGAAAACUGGGUCGCCAAACACUGGUCUGUCACCGUUAUUGCUGUUUGAUCAUCGGGUGGGUCAGGUUGGCAGCUCUGCAAAGACGUGCAGUCCUCCCGAUGACUGUCUAUAUUUAAUUAACACGAGCACAAGUUGAAGUCAUCGCAGAAGGACAAGGUUCGGCAGUUCAUGUCCUUCACACAGGCCGGGGAGAGGACAGCCGUGUACUGCCUGACGCAGAAUGACUGGAAACUAGAAGUCGCCACAGACAACUACUUCCAAAACCCAGACCUCUACUACAAAGAAUCCAUGAAAACCUCAGUUGAUCGCAAGAAGCUGGAGCAGCUCUACAACAGAUACAAAGACCCCCAGGAUGAGAACAAGAUAGGCAUAGAUGGGAUCCAGCAGUUCUGUGAUGACCUGACCCUGGACCCAGCUAGCAUGAGCAUACUUGUGGUGGCGUGGAAGUUCAGGGCGGCCACACAGUGCGAGUUCAGCAGGAAAGAGUUCCUGGAUGGCAUGGCUGAGCUAGGCUGCGACAGCCCUGAAAAACUCAAGGCGAUCCUUCCCAGACUAGAGCAGGAGCUGAAAGACACAGGGAAGUUCAAAGACUUCUACCAGUUUACCUUCAAUUUUGCCAAGAACCCCGGCCAGAAAGGUUUAGACCUAGAGAUGGCUGUGGCUUACUGGAAUCUAGUUCUCACCGGUCGCUUCAAGUUCUUGGAUCUCUGGAACCGGUUCCUGCUGGAGCAUCACAAGCGAUCAAUUCCCAAGGACACAUGGAACCUCCUCUUGGACUUUGGCAAUAUGAUUGCAGAUGACAUGUCAAACUAUGACGAGGAAGGGGCAUGGCCUGUCCUCAUAGAUGACUUUGUGGAGUUUGCUCGACCGAUUGUGACAGGGAGUAAACGCAACAUGACAUAAUGUUUGUCCCAGCUUCAUGCAGCGGAUGGAGUUUGUGUUUCUUCCCAUUUUCUUUUUUUCAAUUUUUUUUUUUUUUUUUUGAAUGAGAAUUUUUAUACAAAUGAGCCAAAAAGAGACUACUUCUCAAUAAGCCUGUCUGCAGCUUGUCGUUAAGAUUGUUCUUCCAACCGCAUAAGAUGCCUUGGUUAUACCUGGAAAACCCGGAAAACCAGUUCAGAGAGGGAAGCAGGAGGGAAAUCAGCAGGAGAGAGAUGACGUGUUUUUUUUUUUUUUUUUUUUUGGGGUUUUUUUUUGGUUGUUUGCUGGCAAGGACAGGCUUUGUAACUGCAACAAGGAAAUAAUGGGUACCUAAAACUCGUCACCCAUGGGCAAAUCACCAAUGGGUGCGGCUUUGAACUGCUGCUGUGGACUUGGCUCACUGACCUGUGCCCUUGGCACAGUGAGGAGGGACAUUAAGAGUGAGCUUCUAGCACAUGCAGAGGAUUAAGUUAUAGAUGCAGUAUGAUGUGGCCUCUUACCUUGUCGAUUGUGAAUGGAACCAUGUGUUGAAAUGUGCAUGUUUUUGUCAGCUAGGUUGAAGCAGUGCCAUGGAUGCUGAGGAGGAAAAAAAGAAUCUACAUGAUUUUCACUGAGAUUGCGAAUGUGUAGCUCUCUAACAAUCACACUGAGAGUGGAGAAAAAGUGUGCUUGCUUGUUAUUGUAUGCUUGUAAGAGUGUGUGUGUGUGUGUGUGUGUGUGUGUGUGUGUGUUUGUGUGUGUGUUGUGUGGGUUUUUUGGGGGAGUUAAACAUAUUGCCUCUUUUACAAUACAAUACUAAAUAUUUUCAUUUGGUUUUAUUAAUAUAAGAAGUUAAGAAAUUAUUCAUCUUUACUGAGCGACAGUGAAAAAGUUCAGAUCCACAUUUUGUAUUCAGACUGAGGAUUGGACAGAGCAGCAUGCUAUCAGAGCUCAGCACCAGCAGAAUCGCUAUUGUUACAGUUGUAAAAUACUGUACUCAUAGAAAUAAGCAGACAUUCAGUUUUAGGAAAACAAAAAAAAUGUAUAUCUGAGAAAAUAGGUAAUGACAUUUAUAAUCCUUAGAACAUAAGAAGCAUUUACAGUAGGAUCCUCAUUUUAAAAUGCUAUUGCAUUACAUUUGUUAGCUUUAGUUUCUUUAGUUUUGCAGUGUGUAAACCUCUGUACGUAAAGAGAAACUGACUGGCACAUUGACUGUUUUCUAUUAUCCAGGUGAUGAUGACUUGCCAAUUCUGCAAACUGCACUGAUUUACACUUGUUCUUUUGUUUUAGGAUUUUUUUUUUCUUUUUUUAAUAUCAGGCAGAAGUAUAUCCAGCUACAGAGCUACUGAGUUUACAUGACAGUAGAUUUCACCUACAUGCUAGACCUUUUAAAAUGAGCAUCUACAUCCCAGCCAAGAGUAUUUUAACUGUUUGUUUACACUGCCUGAGGUUUUAGUCUGUUGCUUUUCAUGUAUUUUCAACUGUAGGGCAAUGGUGGUGUGUUAAAGUAACAUAGAACUACUACAGAAAAUAACAUGUCACUUAAAGAACACUGCUUGUGCUGCCGUCAAUGGGUGACUGUGCAGCACAGUAUUUCUCAGUCUACUACAGUCCAGUGCUACAUCAUAGCUAGAUGUGGUCACAAGUAUACGAGAACACCUGAACAAAUCCCGCUGUGAUCACAGAUGUGAUCAGAAGACUUGAGCUUUCAACCCAUAGAGGUCAGUGCAGCAAUGCAUUUCUUCCAUGGAAGAUUUAUCGUUGCUCUUUAAGUGUAACUAUAAACACUAAGCAACUCUGUAUAUCCUAAAUGUGUCCCGUUUCUUGGAUAAAGAAUGCAACAGAAGGUAGAGGCUCAGACGCCAGUUGGCUGGCAGCAGGCGGCGCCCUGUACUUACAUCAGUAUUAGCCAUGCAUUCUGUGCUAAACAGCCACGAGUUACGCUGAUCUCGUUCUCCCAAUUGCUGUUGUCACCAUGAUAAAACCUUUGCCACAGGAACUGAGGAUAGAUUAUUUUCCUCUCAACAGACAAUUGCAGGGCAAAUGAUUACCUUUUAUUAGUUAUUAAAUUGAAAAAUUUUACGUUUUCAUAUUUAUGUAAACAUAAGUCAUAAACUAUAUUGGUGUUCAUGAAUGUGGACUCUAAUCAGGAUGGAAGUUUAUUAUGACUUCUGUCCCAGAUUGAAUGCAGAGGAAUGGCAAAGAAGUCAGCUUCAUGAUGACUGUAAAACAGUCAGUGUAGGAGCUGGUAAAUAUGUCAUGUUGUUCAUCUUUGUAACUAAACAAGUUAGAUAUGUGUUGGUUCAACGAAAUGUACGAACUUUCAGUGCUGUUAAAGUUGUGUGUGAACCUAUGAUGGCCAAGACAGCGAGAGGGUGUGAAACACUUUUCCCCAAGCGAUCGUUGUGGAUCUUUACGAUCUGACGUCAACUGUGGUUCAGGAGCAAGAAGAUGUGACGUCUUUCUGUAUUCAGUAUUCUAAUAUGGUACAUUUGAGACGUUUUUAUCUGUCAAAUGUGUGGUCAACUGUUUCUAGUCAUGCAGAUCAUUCUUAUCAAAACAGUAUUAUUUUUGCUGGCAAGAAAACAGGUAUUUACAGAAUAAUAUGUAUUGGCACAGAAGCAUAUCAUACAUUGUUUACUUCAAGAAAGUUGUCAAUAAAGCAUGUUGUUUUUAUCAGUCUUGUAAAAGAUGUACUUCUGCCUACCGAGUACAGCAGUUCCUUCUGACGACAAACAUUCGCUGUUUUGUCAGAAACGCCCUGAGCUGGCGGUUAGUUUAAGAUAUUGAAUGCAAAUGUCUUGUGCUGAACUCGGUAUCCCGAUAUUAAUAUUUUUCUGAAAUCAGUAUGAAUCACAACAUGGCAAAUGUUUGCAAAA